AUGGAUAGUAAAAUAACAACUAACAAUGGUAUUUCUAAGGAUGAAGCUGAAUUGUAUGAUAGGCAAAUAAGACUGUGGGGAUUGGAUGCUCAGAAUCGCUUAAGAAACUCUUCUAUACUUAUUGUUGGGUUGACAGGUUUAGGAACUGAAGUUGCAAAGACACUAUUACUUUGUGGAAUUAAAAGCAUUUGCUUAUUUGACAAUGAACUAGUCAGAGAAGAUGAAAGAAUUUCAAAUUUUUUUAUCGACUUUGAAAAUGGACAUAAUAAAAAAAGAUCUGAAGCUGUCUGGUCACAAUUAAAAGAUCUGAAUCCUUUGGUUCAGGUUUAUGUUGAAAAAGAUCGUUUACCAACAAGUGAAGAAUUUCUUCAACAAUUUGAUCUCGUUAUUGUUAUUGAUCAAUCCAAAGAAUUGACAUCACAAAUAAAUAAAGCUUGCCGUAAUCUUAAUAUCAACUUUCAAUGUGGGGGUGUUUUUGGUUGGAUUGGUUAUUGUUUCUUUGACUACAAUGGAAAGAAAUUUAGAUUAAAAAAACACAAAGUUGAUGUGACAUAUUCUGAUGCAUCUGAAAAUAUUAAAUGCCAUAGUUUAAAUAAUGUUGAUGAAAUUGUUGUUGAUGAUGACUAUGAAGAGAAAGUUGUUUCGUACAAAAAUUUCGAAGAUUCAUUCAAUUUCAUUGUGAAUUGGGAAAAAAUGUCUAGAAGGAAUAGGAGACUGUUUCCUGUUGAUUGGUUUAUUCUUAAAGCGUGUCUUGAAACCAAAUUUAAUUUGGAUACCAAAGAGGAAGUUGAAAGUUUAAAAGAAGAGUACAACAAAGUUUUAAUUGAAAAUAAGGCGGAAGGUGAUGAAACAUUUAAAAAAAAUAAUUUUGCAAAUGAAAAGAUAAAAUUUUAUUGCAAUCCACAAUAUUGUGGCACCUGUAGUAUUGUCGGGGGUAUUUUAGGUCAACAAGCAAUCUCAGUUUUGUCACAAAAUACCCUCAAUAUUGGUAUUAAAAAUGUUUUUAUUUAUUCAUCUUUAUCCGGUAAAGGAUCUGUUCACCAGAUUCCAAUGUAA